AUGUCAAAGGCACUCCACAGUGGAAUUGAGUUCUUUUCUGUUGAACUAUGGCGAGAAGUUUUUGAUUAUUUCAAUUCAAAUGACUUAUGGUACUCAUUUCAUAAUUUGAAUAAAAGAAUUAAUACAAUCAUUGAUCAAACAAUGUUACAUUUAAACUUUCAAAAGCAAGGCAAUUAUGAUUAUUGCAUGAAAAAUAUUUUACCAUCAAUAAAUGCUGCUAAUAUCCGAUCAUUAAAAUUAGAAAAAUCCAAUGAAAUAAAACAUUUUUUCUCUAUCUAUUCUCUUAAUUCAUUGAUUCAACUUCGUUUACUAUCAUUAACUUUUAUGAAUUCUUUUAAUGAUAAUUCAUUUCAAUUCUGGAAUCAACUUUCAUCUUUGAAAUAUCUACAAUCAUUGAAAAUUAUGUUUCGAGGCUAUUCGGGGUGCGGUUACUGCAUCGAAGAAAAGGAAUAUAUUAUUCGUUCGAUAUUUAAUAAAGAUUUUUGUCCCUUAUUAAAAUCUUUUAUCAUCGAAGCUUGUAGUAGAAGAAGUUGGAAGUCCACAAUUCCUUCGUUAAUAACAACAACUAAAGCAACAAAUAUACAGUAUGUGUCGAUUGACUCGUUGGCUUUUAUUGAUUUGGUUAAAUUACUUCCUGCUUUACAAAAUGUUAAAUCAUUUCGCUCAGAUCACGAGUUAAGUUAUGAUAAUAAACAACAGCAAAACAUGACAAUUACAAUGCCAUUGCUGUCGAAAUGUAUUCGACUACAUCUACACUUAUCAGAAGAUAUGACAUUUGAACACGUCGAAUAUUUAUUAAAACAUACACCAAAUUUGCAGAAUUUAUUUUUGUGGAGUUGGUAUCAUUUACUGAGUGCAAAAAAAUGGGAAUUGAUACUAUCAGUACAAUGUCCGAAAUUGUUAAAACUUGCAUUAAUAUGUACUGGACCCUUUGGAGAUGAUUAUUUUCAUCAAGCAUCAAAUGAUUUUCAGCAAGAAUGUGCAACAAUCCCGUUUUGGGUUGAACGAAAUGUUGCAAUUACAGAUGAUGAAAAUUAUUCGGCUGAUGAUUAUCGUUCUGAUAUUGUAAUUCGAUUUAAUAUUAAAAGAGUAACAUAA